AUGAACACAGUCCCGGAUCAAAGUACCGCCCAAAUAGCCAAGAUGGAGAAUACGAUCCCUAAUCAAACUGCUACCUCGAUAGCUAAGAUGGAGCAAAAGGAUCUUCAUCAGAGUGCUCCUCAGCAUCUGAAAGAUGUUUUCAAGCUUUACAAACAAACUGCUUAUCCUACAGCUCAAGACUCUCACUCUACUCCUGGUAUUACUGAUCUUUGUAAGAUUGGUCUACCCCGUCUAGAUCUACCCGCAAAGGCUCGAAACAUAGCUUUUAGAGAUUUUAUGAUAUCGGCUCCUCCCAUCGAGUCAACGUCGGCCAAAACUCCUCGAAGACGGUGUUCAAUUCAAUCGUCAGAUCAUGAGCUGCCUUUGUCUGGAUCACCCCUCGAAGGCUCAUCGUAUGGCUCGGAGGUCGUACCUGGUCUCAUCGUCUUCCCAUCUCUCAUCCCCCCAGAGGUUCAAGAAGAGUUGAUCCGGCGAAUAGUACACCGUGAUCUUCGGGAUCCAAAACAUAUGACAAAUCUCCAUGCCCAUUAUGAUGUUGAAUUCCCACCUUCUGAGACUGCUUCUGGGGAGUCCAUUAUCGCCAGGCCUAAAGAUCCCACUGUGCACCCAAAAGCACUGAACUAUCUGGAAGUUAUGACGAAAAAGUUACGCUGGAUUACUCUUGGAGGGCAAUAUGAUUGGACAAAAAAAGCAUAUCCGGAAGAGGAGCCCCCACAAUUUCCCAGUGACAUUGCGAAUCUCGUCGAAGGUCUUUUUCCUGAUAUGGAACCACAGGCAGCCAUUGUCAAUUUCUAUUCUCCAAAAGAUACUCUACAACUACAUCGGGAUGGUGCAGAGAGUGUCGAUCGUGGCCUGGUCAGCAUCAGCCUUGGUUGUGAUUGUAUCUUUAUGAUUGCCUUGGGCAAUCCAAAUUCUGAUAAAGAUCACAUAGCCAUUCGUCUCAAAUCUGGCGAUGUACUCUUUAUGAAAGAAGAGUCUCGAUUUGCAUGGCAUGGGGUUCCAAAGAUAAUUCCUGACACAUGCCCAGAAUAUCUCACGCAGCUCAAAUUGGAUAUGAAGAACUUCCCACAGUUUAUGGUAGAUAAGAGAAUCAAUUUAAAUGUGCGACAAGUGCGAGAACGGAAGUCGGACCGUUGA